GGGGACCUGGAGAGGUGGCACGUGAGCUUCAGGGCCUUCUGCUGGAAGGGCUCUGACCCUGUGCAGGAACUGCGGCAGCUGUCGGAGCUGUGCCACCGCUGGCUGCGGCCUGACUUGCACUCCACGGAGCAGAUCCUGGACCGGCUGGUGCUGGAGCAGCUGCUAAUCACGGCGCCAGAGGACCUGCAGGUGCAGAUCUGGGAGAACCGUGUGCAGAGCUGUGAGGAGCUGGAGGAGCUGCUUCAGGGCCACAGGAGGCCCCUGGGCUCGAUGCUGGCACACGUCCAGUGCACAGGUCCAGUCCCCACCUUAGGGGUGCCGAGCACCCGUGUCCGGGCCCAGGCAGGUACUGAGCUGAGCAGCAGCGGCUGGGACUGCGGGGCCUCCAGGGCCCAGCGGUGCCCGGGGAGGCAGAUGCUGGACACGCGGUCGCUGGGAGGCGCGAGGCCGCAGUCCAUCGUCAUCUGUGAAGGACAGAAAUUCCUCCUGCGGGCCGAAGAUGUGGAGAUGGCCAACCAGGCCGGGGAGCUGGACGUCAGGAUGGACUCGUCCACCGAGCUCUGGUCCCCGGAGGGCAGGGACCAAGCCGGGGCGGAGCAGCCGUGGGGCCAGGGCGAAGCUGUGCUGCCCGAGGCGGCUUCCAAGGAAGGACACCCAGAGGUUCUGCAAAAGCCCCUGGAGCGGGAGCUGGGGCACAGGGAGGACGUGUCGGCGUUGGAGGCCUGGGAGCCUCUGCUCCUGCCGGGCCCUGGUGCCGAGGGGACCCAGCACCACCACGCCUCUCCUGAGGCCGAGAAUGAGGCUGCCGAGCGUGUACCUGGAGGAGAACCCCUGAGUCCCAGACGCCCCCGGAAAAGGAGCCCAGACCAGGCCCUGUCCCUGGGAGGUCCCCAGGCAGGGGCCGAGUCCCCUGAGGAGCAAGGCGGGGUGAACUCGGCAGAGACCCUGCGCUCCCCUGGCGCGGCAGCCAGGCCCGCCCCGCACUGCUGCAGCACGUGCAGCAAGACGUACCUGUACCGGUCGCAGCUGGUCAUCCACGAGCGCUCGCACACGGGCGAGCGGCCCUUCCGCUGCGACCAGUGCAACAAGGGCUUCAUGCAGCCGUCCGACCUGCGCGUGCACCUGCGCAUCCACACAGGCGAGCGGCCCUUCCACUGCUGCCUCUGCCCCAAGGCCUUCACUCACGAGUCCACGCUGCUGGGGCACCUGCGCAUGCACACCCGGGAGCAGCCCUAUGUGUGUGAGCACUGCGGCAAGAGCUUCAGCCACCGUGGCAACCUCAACGUACACAUGCGGAUCCACACGCAGGCCAAGCCCUACCGGUGCCCCGUGUGCGGCCACGCCUUCCGCCAGCUGGGCACCAUGAAGCGCCACUGCAAGAUACACGUGCAGAGGAGUCCUGGGGAUGGCCCUGCAGGGCCAGAGCCACAGGAGAUGGAGUAGGAGCCCGGGGGCCUCAGCAGAAGUGAUGUGACGGGAGAGCACGUAGGAGGGCCCUGGCCACUGGUGGCCCUGUCGCCGAGUCUGUGACUCUGAUUUUUGCUCUGGGGAUUCAACGCAGAGCCUUCAUCCUGAGCUACAUCCUCGGCCCCCUUUAUUGCGAUAGGAUCGCACUAAGUCACUAAGUUGCCCAGGCUGGGCUCAAAUUUAAAUCCUCCUGCCUCAGCCUCCCAGAGUGCUGGGAUGACCAACGUGCGCCACCACUUGGAGGCUGCUGCUCGAGGCGUUCUGUGCAGUGGGGCCGUCGUUCAGUAAGCGAUACGGUGGAGAGCGAUUUUAGAAUGGGUUUCACACAUUCCCCUUGGACACACUCACGAGGCCGGCUGUGAGAAAUGAGCUGGUGUGACACAAGGGGACCGAGUCCUGCCGUGGCCGGGGGUCAGGCCAUGGAGGGGGGGAGCGGGGCGGUCGCAGGAUGCUCUGCCAGGGCCGGUGUCCCGGAGCCGGCGGAGUGGCUCUGGCCAAGCAGGUGCUGCUGCACGAGUCUGUUUUGGAAAUCCUCAGUUGAAAGGUCGCCCUGGGUCUGGGAGCCCAGGUCUGCAGUGUCCAGCAGGUGGCGCCACAGUCUGGGUCCCGGCCUCUGCCACUGCAUCGCCCAGGGAGCCAGACUGCCCGAACCCAGACUGGAGGCGGAAGCCCGGUGGCUGCUUUCACCAGGGCUCUGUUUCAUCUCAUCCUUGGGGUUUUAUUCAUUCGAAUGCCAAAGGUCUCUGCAGGGAUCAGUUGUGAUGCUGUGUGCUGAUCUGACGGGCUGUAGUCUAUUUCGGGGUGUACUACUGUGAGACUGCAUUCUCACUUUACAUAUUUUUAACUGUAACACAUUUAGGGUAAACUGUGAAAGCCAUUUUAUUACCUCUCAGAUGUCAGGAGGAUUUAAGGUUCAGAAAGAAAAUGGGGCAAUGAUGCAAAUGAAAAAUAGGGGAAAUUACCUUGAUUAUGUAAAUUGUUCUGGAAAAUAGGUGGAGAGGAAAGGAAAGGAAAGGAGUUUGCAGGGUGUGGUGGGCACACCUGUAACCCUAGCACUUGGAAGGCUGAGGCAGGAGGAUUGCAGUAAGUUUGAGGCCAGCCUGGGCUACCGAGAGACUCUGUCUCAACAAAACAAAACUAAACAAAAAGGAAAUAGGAAAAGGGUUUAAAGAGUUUAAAUCAAUUUAAAUUCGUGGCUGUGGAUUAAACAAUAGGACUCUCGUUCAAAUGAAUCGCUCUGCUCCGACAUUGUUCCUUCCUGUGUACAGCAGAUCGGAUGUUUUGAGGGCUUUAUCAUCCACAGAUUAAGACGUCAAAAAAAUUCUGGCUGUGAAUUCAUUCUCCAUGAAAGGCUUUGGUAUUCUUCCUGUUGUAAAUGGCCGUCAGUGUUUGACAUUCAAACAUGUAUUAUAUGUUAAAUAAAGCUGGCA